GGCGCGUAAACCGAACUCUGUUGUUGUUAGCCGCUACAGCUAACAACAACGAACUUCAAACUUUUACACUUUACAUUUUAUUUAAUUGUUUAUAUGAAUAUACAGCUUGGCUCCGCUUUAGUACGGACUUUUGUGUCGCUGGGUUUGGACUGUGAUUACUGUAAAGAUGACCUCUGCUCUGUCUGAUCCCACCCUGGAGAGGCAUUUUAGGGGCCACAGGGACACAGUGACAAGUGUAGACUUCAGCGCCACUAUGAAACAAAUUGCCACAGGCUCCGCUGACUCCUGUGUGAUGAUAUGGAACAUGAAGCCUCAGAGUCGAGCCUAUCGUUUUGAUGGGCACAAAGAGGCUGUGACAUCAGUACAGUUUUCUCCAUCAGGACAUCUGGUAGCUUCUGCGUCUCGAGACAAGAGUGUACGACUAUGGGUGCCCAGCCUGAAAGCCGAAUCCACAGUGUUCAAAGCUCACACGGCCACAGUCCGAAGUGUGAGUUUUUCUGGAGAUGGACAGAAUCUGGUCACAGCCUCAGACGACAAAACAGUCAAAGUUUGGACAGUUCACCGACAAAAGUUUCUUUUCUCUCUAAAUCAACACAUUAACUGGGUCCGCUGUGCCAGGUUUUCUCCAGAUGACCGCUUGAUUGUUUCAACCAGUGAUGAUAAAACAAUAAAAUUAUGGGACAAAAACAGCAGAGAAUGCAUUCACUCCUUUUAUGAAUAUGCUGGAUAUUCAAACCAUGUAGACUUUCAUCCGAGUGGCACCUGUAUCGCUGCAGCUAGUACUGACAACUCUGUGAAAGUCUGGGACAUCAGGUCUCAUAAGAUGCUACAACAUUAUCAAGUGCACAGCGGUGUAGUGAACAGUUUGUCGUUCCAUCCAAAUGGUAAUUUCCUUAUAACUGCGUCUAGUGACUCCACACUGAAGAUUCUGGACCUGCUGGAGGGAAAACUUCUGUACACGCUUCAUGGACAUCAGGGUCCUGCAACCUGCGUGGCGUUUUCCAAAAAUGGCGAGUACUUUGCUUCUGGUGGCAAUGACGAACAGCUGCUGGUGUGGAAGACAAACUUUGACGUGUGUGACUUUGUAGACAGCAGGGGGCAGCAAGUUGGGAGCAGCUCUGGACCUGAAGCUCCAUGUUCUCACAUCACAGUUAGCACAGAGUCAGCACCACAGAACCAGACUUCAGAAGCAGUAACAGGGAUCAGUAGCAGACUCCCAUUCCUUCAAUCACAAUGGCCGAUCGAGACCCCCCAAACCCACAGAAAACCCAGCCUGACCUCCUCCACCUCUCACCGGCCCACCUCCAAGUCCAGCGCUCCUCCCUCACACCCACAGGAGCCGGCCGCAGAGGGGGGCUUGACCACCACCCUAGAGCACAUUAUAGGUCAGCUGGAUAUCCUCACCCAGACAGUUUCGAUCCUGGAGGAGCGCCUCACUCUGACCGAGGACAAACUGAAGGAGUGUUUGGAAAACCAGAUGGAGCUGAGCGAACUACUGCAGAGGAGGCAUCAGGACUGAAACUUU